AGAGAGAGACAGACAGACAGAGACCUACCUGAGACAAAGGGACAGCGAGGAGAGAGCAUCUGCAAAAGUCAAAUAGUCAAAACAGAGCAAAGAAAGUAGGAGAAUAGAAUGAGGACUGUGCUGACUCUUCAACCCUGACUAAGUGGGUAAGUCUGAAGAGGUAGAGUACCUAUUUGUUUUGCAUGUGCAUGAGCACGUACUCUCUGUAAGAUUCAACUUAGAUUUCAAUUUUAUUUAAAAAAGCCAAAUUGUCAUUAUCACUGUAUCAUUCUUGUUAUCAUCUAGGUGUCAGCCGCAUCAGUGAAUGUAGUCAUUUAAAACAAAUCCUUAGGGCGGCAGGUAGCCUAGCGGUUAGAGAGUUGAGCCAGUAAUGAAAAGGUCGCUGCUUCGAAUACCCGAGCCAACAAGGUGAAAAAUCUGUUGAUGUGCCCUUGAGCAAGGCACUUAACCCUAAUUUGAAAGUCUUUAGACUAGUUUAGUUUAUCUCGUUUUUUAGUAGUCUAUUGGUGCAAACAAACUAGAACAUAAGCCUAUUCAGGGGAGACAAGUGGUUAAGUUUCCUAUCCGUGUUUGUUGUAUUGCAGUCCCUGAGCGAGUAGUUUUGCUUUAUGUUAACUGUGUGCGUUAUAAUGACAUGCAUCUGCACUUUCAGUGGAAGUAGUUUAAUUAGUGUCAUGGGCUACCCGCUGAUUUGAGAUGCCAGAUGCAUGGUGUCUGUGAGACCACUAACAAUAGACAAGUCUCAAGUUAGGAUGACACACUUUUAUUACACAUACACACUUUAUUUUUAUAGUCACUUUUAUUCACUUUUUAUAAUAAUGUUUGUGUUAACUAAAUAUAUUAUCAGCUCGGUUACAGUAACCGAAUAUGCCCCAAAAUAUAGUAUAGGCAUAUACAAUUACUAUAGGUACAAAAGGUUUUCUCAUUGAGAGUUCAACAUUAGGUCAUGCAGUAUGCAACAGUCUAUGGAUGGAUGUGUAUUUUGUACAGAUAUCGCUUCCGCUGCUGCCUUUAAGUGCCUGCCACAACUCUUAAUUUACUGCAGUCAAAGGUGAUGACAGUGGGUAAUAAUGGUAUUGGGCCUGUGAUAGAAAGAUUUCAGGACGUCCCUUAUCAGUGUAAUGUGUCUACUGCUGUUCUAUGUAACUGUUAUUCAGGAUUGUGACUGUCUAAAUGUUUCUGGUGUUGCCCAUGCUCUGUUAUAAAAGCCUCUUCAUCUUUCCUUUUCCUCUUCGUCGUUUUACAUUUAAACAGUGGCGGUAAUGGCCAAGACAAUUUCUUCAUCUUCUUUUCUUCAUCUAUGUCAUCUUUUGUUUUCCAGUUAGACAGUGGUGGUAAUGAUGUGGUCCAUGCUUCACCUGCUGUUCCUGCUCUCUGUGCCACCAGGCUUCACUCACAACCUCCAAGGUAACUAGUGACUUCAUGUUACUCUCAGCCUACUCAUUCAGAUAAGAUCUGUGAAAGCCAAACAGUACUUGUACCUUGUGGAGAAACACAAUUUAUUGAUUGUAUUUAUUCCCCCCAAAAAUGUAAGUCAGAUUUGUGAAGUUGGUGAGUUUGUGGAUUUUAAAAUGAUGUGUUACUAGACAGUAAUAAUAGUUUUGGUUUGCCUUCGCUGUCUUUCCCUCCAAGGACUGUUUUGUGUGAAUGACUACAUCAACAACAUCACCUGUGUGUGGAAUAGCUCGGGAAUAGAUCCAGACGUGGCCUGCCAACUCCUCGGUACAAGAGAACACCGUAAUGGCAAACUUCUGUAAGGAAUAUUUUUUGUUUGUCUUUAUUAUUACUGCAAUACAGAAAAUGACGGCAUUGUGUUUUGAGGUAUGAAUGCAUCCCUGUGUAAUAUGAAGAGUUUUACUUUUCAUUUAUUUUGUUUUGUAUAGCCAGACUAGUUGCGAUCUCAAACCCUUGGAUAGGCCGGGGCAAGGUCAUUCUUUCAGAGGCUGCAGUUUUGUCUUUGCGAGCCAUGUAAGUUUUUACUGAUAUCAUAAUCAGAAUUAUAUACAGUAUGUUAUUCUCUAUAUAUGUUAUUGUACAUAUGUUAUUGUACAUAUCAUUGUCAUUGUUUUCUAUAAAUCUAUCGAUUCCUAUUUUAUUUUUCAAAAGUAAACUAAAUAUAUAAUGUGAAAUAUAUUUUAAUAAAACUUAUUGUGAAAAUUAGAAUUAAAGUUAUCUUUCCUAAGAAUUCUUCUCCAUGAAUGUAGAACAGAUGCAAGGGGUUCUUACUUUAUUAAACAAUCUGUUUUCGGACUGUGUUUCUCUACAGUAUUUCAGUUCAGCCGAGCAGCUCCCCAGCAUUAAGGUGGAGUGUAACAGGUCUGAGGUGGUAAACCUCCUAAAAUACACACCUAUCAAGCAAAGUGAGUGUCCACUUUUUCAGUGUUCUCUUUUGUCUAGUGUACCUGCGAGAGUAUACUGAAUUUAUGUACCACUAUCAAUGUAAACGUUGCUUUGGGAAGCAUCUGCUAAAUGACAAUAUUAUUAAGUCUUCAGGUUUCAGACAAGGUUACCUAUCACCUGACCUUAGUUCACCAAACCGCCUUCUCUAUACUUCCACUUCAUGUUAUUAGAUGACUGUGACAUCUCCCUCUGUUUCCUUACAGUUAAGAUGCAUCCUCCUGGUAUCCCGGUCAUCAUCAAUGGGACUAAUGCCACCUGGAGUGCUGGUAGUCCGCUGUCUAAGAAGAUCGAUGAAUAUGUGUUCCAGGUGAAGGUGAAAAGGGAAGACCAGCUAUGGAAGGUGAGUGAGACAGACAAACCAUUGUGUGGGUGGAUGUAAAAGUGUGUGGUAUUGGCUGAACACGCAGUAUUCCUGCUGAAUGAGUUAUAGUGAAUGUGAUUAGUGGGUAGUCAUGCAUAGUACUGUUGCCUGAGUAUCUAGCUGUGAUCUUUGGCUGAUUCUUCACUUCCAUAGAUAUCAAAGCAUGAUGUGUGUACAUUUGAGUUACACACACUCAUCUCAAAUCAGGAUUUCAGCCUAAAUAGUUUGAGACAGUCUUGUAGCUUUGAAGUGAUUAUGCUUAUUUUUGUCCAUCUGUCUGUCUCUGUAAGGAAGCCCAGAGUUUGACCAGACUAAAGCAAGAACUGUGGAUGGAGCUGGGUGUGGAGGAGAGUGGGAUUCAUCACAUCAGGGUGAGAGUCAAGCCAACUUUACCCGCCUCUACCCACUGGAGUGACUGGAGCCCAACUGCCUCCUGGACAUCAGAGGGCGAGGUCUCACCAACCUUUGGUAUGUUUGAUGCCAUGCCACAAACUUAAACCUUACAUCUACUAUAUGUUCAAUCAUGUAGACGACUCUCUAUCCUAUCCAGAGAAACUGACAGUCGGUGCAUAGUGAAGUUCAUGCGGCCCAUACAGGAAUAAAACUCAUUUGCUGGUCUACAAAAUUGUGUUAACAACCCGUGUUAAAUGCAUUAAAUGCAUCCAGAAGUAUUUCUGAGACCUAUAUUCCAACCGUACUCCCGUUCUCUGGUGUUUCAGUGAAGUCCCCGGACCUGACUUUGUGGCUGGUGUUGAGUAGUGUGUUUUUCACUCUCAUCGUUGUCAUGUUGCUUGUCUUCUACAAAACUCACACAAACAAUAGGUGAGUAAUGCGUGAAGGUGGAUUAUAUGCAUGCAUGUAUGUAUUGUUGGGUCAGAUCAGGAGUGACACCUACGAACUUUGGCUCAGUGAGUUAAUUUGGUCUUGUGUCAUGUUGAUGACAUGGACUUGAUUUUAUCAUUGGUUACAUAAUCCAAUAUGAAGCAAAAUGUGCAGUCAGGACCUUAGGUCUGUUUGGGUAUGUAGUGUCAAGUUAAUUCUGGGACAGACCCAAAAUGGCUUAUUAAAAUCCAUGUUGUUUUGGUGCUCUACAGGAAACACCAGUAUGUGCCUGACCCCGCCAAGUACUUCCAGCCAUUUAACUCUGUCCACGGUGGAAACUUUCAGGUACCUGGAAAAUACUCCAACUUCCUGCUAAACUUGAAACCUGUUGAACCAAUACAAGUAUGUGUAUGUGGCUUUAUUCACUAGCGUGGCAACAGAAUGAAAAAUAGUUUUCUUGAUAUGAAAACCUAGUGGACGGCCUAAUAUAGUAUUCUGGAAGCUGGUUGAGUGGAUAUGUCUGCAUUUAUGUCCUUAUUUAACUUGAGUUACUACUUACUUACAUUUGAUGCUUACAGUUGGGAACAAUCUCUUUAGUUGCCAGUAAAAGGAAAGUGCCCAGCCACAGUAAAAACCCAAGGGAAACAUUAGUCAUCAGCACAGGCCCCUUGGUGUGGUUUCUCUGUUGGUUUGAAUUCCUUGCAGUAACAGUUAGAUGCAGACAUAGACACGCUCUCUCUACCACACGCACACAUUAACACACCAAUAAACUCACAUAUGCACUCAUUUUAGACUUACGAAUAAGCACACAGACACACACACACUGAUCUUGCAGUAACUUUCUAAACUUGAUACUUGCCGGUGUAGAUGCAGUAAAAUAGUUAUCCUUUGUCAUUUUGCGUAAGUCUCAGCAUAACAUUCCAUUUCACCAAAUUGAAUGUGGUUCCAAUUUCACCAAUAACUGUAGCACAAUACAUUUCAGUGUUACAGUUAUUGGUGAAAUUGAAUGUUACGCUGAGACUUAGGCAAAAUGACAAAGGAUAACUAUUUUACUGCAUCUACACUGGCAAGUAUUACAGUUAUUGGUGAAAUUGAAUGUGUUACAGUUACUGGUGCUGCGUAUACUGACGUGUGUCUCUGGUCCUCCCCAUGCAGAAAUGGCUGAGCCCCUUGUUUUCUCCAGAGUCCUUCAUCACCUCCCAGCCCAGCGAGGACAUCUCCCCCGUGGAGGUGUCUGGAACAGAAGUCUCGGACGUCACCGACUCCACCAGCUCCACCACCGCAGCCUUCCUCCUACACUCUGACCCCAAUACCCCCUCUGAUGGCUGGAACAGCAGCGGCCAGUCCUCCUGCUUCUCCAACAUCGGCUACUUCUACCACAACUACCCCAGCAGCCUCCGCAUCGAGUCUUGCCCCGUCUACUUCAUCUACCCGGGGGACCACAGCUCCCUCUCCCCCACCACCACCUCCUCCUCCUAUGAGCGCCUGGAGCGUCUCCAUCAGCUGCAGAGGGAGCCCCAGAGCCCAGACUCUGGGUUCGGCAUGGGUGUAGAGUGGGAGGACCAGGUGCUGGAGGAAGGAAAGGGUAAGAAGGAAAUGGAUGUGGUUCCAGUUGACCAUCAUUCACCCCCUCCUCUUGUCCUACCAGUCUCCCUGCCUGCUCGUAUCCCUCCAGGCCCUCACCAUCCCCUGAGUCUCCCCCAACUCCCACUUCAUAAUCCUGAGUCAAACUCUGCCAUGGCGCCUAGUGGCAGUUACAAUGCCUGGCCAGUAGAGGCUGUUCUAGGCAGAUCCUCCUCAAUGACAGUGGAACCCACUUGUAGUGGCUAUUUGACCAUUAAAGAGCUGCAGAAUACCUACAGCAACAAGUCCAUUUGA